AUGUUCGUUCUCUCCCUACUUAGGGAUACGGUGGCGAUAAAGCCGCAUGAAAUGGGAAAAGAUCAGAUGACUGUGAGUUUCAUGACUUCCUACUCCUAAAAAGCAUUUUUUCAGGUCCUGAAGCGACGACUCAAUGAGCGACUGUCAAAUAAAGUUUGAAAAAUAUUUGAAAUUUUCUGAAUUGCGGAAUUUUCAGGUCGUUCCUGAGCUUGGUCUCUGUAUUUGUGUCUAUGACGUCACAGAAGCCGGCGUCACUUUCAUAUUACCUGGCGAAGGGGCGGGGCGUGUUAGUGUUUCGGUAAGGACUUUUCUGACUAAUUGAAAAUAGUUUAUGAGAAAGUUCAUCGCUAAAUGUAAGUAGUCUUGUAAAAACAAUUUUUUCAGCCUGUUUUGUUUUUGUCGUCGAUUAUUAUACCAAGUCCCUUGGUAGAUUGAGUAGCAGGAAUGAUGUUGGAGACAAAAAUCAGAGAAAAAGUUAUUAAUAAGAUUUGGAGAGCCAGAGAUGAUUUUGAACUUUGCGGAAGUUACUUGCAUUUGGUGCGAAAGUUCAGUAAUCUGCUUUUUCUUAGAAAUGAACUUUUAGCAAGUUUAAGGUUUUUGUAGUUUCGCCUAGUGGUGUUCCGGCCAUUUGUGGACGAGGUGAUCGAAGCGAAGGUCGUGGCGUCGAGCCGAGCCGGCCUGACUCUGUCGGUGCAGUUCUUCGAGGACAUCUUCGUGCCGGCGGCGCGGUUGCCAGAGCCUCACGUCUUCGAGGACGACGGCCAGAUUUGGUACUGGGAGUACGCUUCUGAAGAAGAAUCCGAACCUCCGGCCAAGCUCUACAUGGACCCUGGCAAGGUUGUCCGCUUCAAAGUCGUCGAAGUCAUUUUUAGGUUCAUUUCGACUGAAAUUCGAAAAAAAAAACUGAAAAGUUGAUCUUGCAGAGACACCAAGCCGGACCUGACGAUCGAGGAGAAUCGAAGAGAAAAGUCAAUGGAAAUCAUUGGAACGAUGGCAGGCACGGGACUCGGCUGCAUUGGCUGGUGGAACCAGGUCGAGGAAGCCGACGAGGUUUUGGACGAUUCUGAGGAAUGA